UGAAGCAAAUCCUCCAUUAAAUUCCAUGCAUCCAUAUGCCUCAAAUUCUCCAAGACGAUUUCGCCAGUAAUAGGCGCCCCCCCAAAAUCAACCAACACCAGUAAGUAGUCUCUGUCGCUCUUGUCUGCUCCUGUCUUGUGUUGGUUCACUCGUCGACCGUGGUCCAAACCGGGGUUGCUUCUGCCUUCUCCCGCCUCCGGCCUCCGUCUCCCUCCUCCCCUUUCCUAUAAAAGGCGCCGCGGCGUCGUCGUCCUCCUCCGCAAGAAUCCAUCCAUCCAUCCAGGCAACCAGCAAACCAACAAGCGGGCAACAACAAACACCUCUCUCCCUCCUCCUUCUUCACUCCCCUGCCGUUGCAGCAGGAAAGCCAUCAGGGCACGACGAAUUAAAAUCCCAAAUCGACAAGGCCGCCCACGCGCGCGCGCGCCUCGGUCACCGGCUCACCGCCCGCCGUUGCCGGCGAUAAACCAGCGGGGACCACGCACGCCAUCGACCAGAAGCUAGCGAUUGACCAGCAGCCAGCCGGCAUGGUUGCGAACAACAAGGUGGACAGCCUGUCGUACGACGUCGAGGCGCCGCCGCCCCCUGCCACCGCCUCGGCGGCGGCGGCGGCAGCGCCACCGCCGGCGCCGGCGCCGGCUUCGGCUCGUCCCGCCGCGCCCGUGUCGCGGCAGGGCACGGCGUCGGCGUCGGUGCUGGAGCUGCACAAGGUGUCGGUGCCGGAGCGGCGGACGGUGGCGAAGGCGCUGCGGCAGCGGCUCGCCGAGGUGUUCUUCCCCGACGACCCGCUGCACCAGUUCAAGAACCAGUCGUCGGCGCGGCGCCUGGUGCUGGCGCUGCAGUACUUCUUCCCCAUCUUCCAGUGGGGGUCCGCCUACAGCCCCACCCUCCUCCGCUCCGACCUCAUCGCCGGCCUCACCAUUGCCAGCCUCGCCAUCCCGCAGGGAAUCAGCUACGCCAAGCUCGCCAACCUGCCGCCGAUCAUUGGCCUAUAUUCCAGCUUCGUGCCGCCGCUCAUCUACUCGCUGCUGGGGAGCUCGCGGGACCUGGCGGUGGGGCCGGUGUCCAUCGCGUCGCUGGUGAUGGGGUCCAUGCUCCGGGAGGCCGUGUCGCCGGACGAGCAGCCCAUCCUGUACCUGCAGCUGGCCUUCACCGCCACCUUCUUCGCCGGCGCCUUACAGGCGUCCCUGGGAUUCCUCAGGCUGGGCUUCAUCGUCGACUUCCUGUCCAAGCCGACGCUGACGGGCUUCAUGGGCGGCGCCGCCGUCAUCGUGUCGCUGCAGCAGCUCAAGAGCCUGCUCGGCAUCGUGCACUUCACCUCUCACAUGGGCUUCGUCGACGUCAUGCGCUCCGUCGUCAACCGCCACGACGAGUGGAAAUGGCAGACGAUCGUCAUGGGCACCGCCUUCCUCGCCAUCCUCCUCCUCACGCGCCAAAUCAGCAAAAAGAAUCCAAAGCUUUUCUUGGUAGCAGCAGGUGCUCCCCUGGCGUCAGUGAUCAUCUCCACCAUUCUCUCCUACAUGUGGAAAUCCCCCAGCAUCAGUGUUAUUGGCAUCCUCCCCAGGGGAGUGAACCCUCCUUCAGCGAACAUGCUCACCUUCAGUGGCUCCAACGUGGCGCUGGCGAUCAAAACAGGGGUCAUGACAGGCAUCUUAUCCUUAACUGAAGGGAUUGCAGUGGGCAGAACCUUCGCAUCCAUCAACAACUACCAGGUUGACGGGAACAAGGAGAUGAUGGCGAUCGGGAUCAUGAACAUGGCCGGUUCCUGCGCCUCCUGCUACGUGACGACGGGCUCCUUCUCCCGGUCGGCGGUGAGCUACAGCGCGGGGUGCAAGACAGCCGUCUCCAACAUCGUGAUGGCGGCGAUGGUGCUGGUGACGCUGCUGUUCCUGAUGCCGCUGUUCCACUACACUCCCAACGUGAUCCUGUCGGCGAUCAUCAUCACGGCGGUGAUCGGGCUGAUCGACGUGCGCGGCGCCGCCAAGCUGUGGAAGGUGGACAAGCUGGACUUCCUAGCCUGCGUGUCGGCGUUCCUCGGCGUGCUCCUGGUGUCCGUGCAGAUGGGCCUCGCCAUCGCCGUCGGCAUCUCGCUGUUCAAGAUCCUGCUCCAGGUGACCCGGCCGAACCUGGUGGUGGAAGGCCUGGUCCCGGGGACGCAAAGCUACCGCAGCGUGGCGCAGUACCGGGAAGCCGUCCGCGUGCCGGCGUUCCUCGUCGUCGGCGUCGAGUCGGCCAUCUACUUCGCCAACUCCAUGUACCUGGUGGAGCGGGUCUUGCGGUUCCUCCGCGACGAGGAGGAGCGCGCGCUCAAGUCCAACCUCCCCUCCAUCCGAUCCGUCGUCCUCGACAUGAGCGCCGUGACGGCGAUCGACACGAGCGGUCUGGACGCGCUGUCGGAGCUGAAGAAAGUCCUGGACAAAAGAAGCAUCGAGCUGGUGCUUGCCAACCCGUUGGGGUCGGUGGCGGAGAGGAUAUUCAACUCGGCGGUGGGGGAGACGUUCGGGUCGGACCGCCUCUUCUUCAGCGUAGGGGAGGCCGUCGCGGCGGCGGCAUGCAAAGCGGCGCAGCCCUGACCGGCCGGCUGACCCUGAGGUGGAUGGGGGCAUGGAGCACAGGGGGUCCUCUGACCAGCAGAAGCAGCAGCAGUAGAAGAAGAAGAAGCGAGCGCUUCUCGGAGGAGGAUGACAUCGUGUUCCGGCCAUUAGGGGAGAGGGAGACUACUGGUACUGAUGGUAGUGGUAGGGCAGGACGAAUAACAUGGUGAUGCAUGGCCGCCUCCUCUUCCUCCGACCCGAUGCAGAUGCAGGGGAGGGGAAGAGUUUUUGAAGGAUGUGACCAGUUGUUGUUGUAGUUGUUCUUCAAGUAAUGAAACGGGAAUUGCUCCGUGGCAAUUCAGUCU